CUUGCCAAACAAACACCAUUAUAUAUCCCUCCAUUAUCCAAUCUACAACCUACAUCUCCAUUUUCAGGCUUCUAAUCUUCCUGUCGCUGCACAUAUUUUGGAAGAGAUCAAGCUUUUUGGCUAUGGCGGAAAAUUCGUGCAAGAGGUUAGAUAGCAAGGUUGCGAUCAUCACCGGUGGUGCGAGCGGGAUCGGGGCGAGCGCGGCGAGCCUCUUCCACCAGCACGGGGCAUGGGUUGUGAUUGCCGAUAUCCAGGACGAGCCAGGCCAGGCCCUGGCCGCGAAGCUGGGCCAUCGGGCUUCCUAUGCCCACUGCGAUGUUUCCGUCGAGGCCGAUGUGCGCGACCUCGUGGACACCACUGUGGCCAAGCACGGCCAGCUUGACAUCAUGUAUAACAACGCCGGGGUAAUCGACCGACCCUUCGGGGGCAUCCUCGACACGUCGCUCGCCGACCUUGACCGCGUCCUCCGCGUCAACCUCUACGGGGCCUUCCAUGGGGCGAAGCACGCGGCGCGGGUCAUGGUGCCGCAGCGCCGGGGCUGCAUCCUGUUCACGGGGAGCAACUGCACGGCGAUCGCGGGGGUGGCGACGCACACGUACGCCGCAUCGAAGCAUGCAGUGGUGGGGCUGGCCCGGGGGCUGGCGGCGGAGCUCGGGGAGCACGGGAUAAGGGUGAACUGCGUGUCCCCCUAUGCAGUCUCGAGGACCGGGAUGUCGGGGCUGGGGAAGAUGAGCGAGGCCGAGCUGGAGAGGCUGGACGACGGGAUGAGGGCGAUCGGCAACCUGAAGGGGCGGGUGCUGGCGCCGGAGAGCGUGGCGAGGGCGGCGCUGUACCUGGCCAGCGACGAGGCGGACUACGUGAGUGGACUCAACAUGGUGGUGGAUGGCGGCUACAGCGUGGUCAACCCGUCCAUGAUGAUGGCACUUGCCGCAAGCCGUUCGAAUGGGAAGCGCGUUUCGAACGAGUGAAAGCUCGUUACGAACGUGUGAAUCGCGAAAGGUCCGGCCGCCGGGGAAAGAGAUCGUGGCCGUCGGUCGUGCGCUGAAUAAGGAGGGACCGUGCGGUGGUGCGCCCUUGGAUUUGUGUUGUUGUUCUUGUGGCGUUUUAGCUUCUCCUUUUGUCCUCUUGGAAGCAAUUUGAUUAGAGCCGUGCUAAGUAUUUUAAUUAAUAAAUGGAAGCAUACCAGACUUUUUCUUAUUAACCUAA